AUGAGUGAAAACCCCGAGGACAACACGAUCAAGACAGACCCACCUAAAGAAGACUCCGAGGGUCAUGAUAUGUUUUGGAAUGAAAGAAAAUAUAAUCUCAUUAAAUUAAACAAAAAAAUAGAAAAAUGGAAGAGGCUUCGAGCUGUUUCUUUCCAACGUUUAGUCAUUGCAACUGCUAUGUGUCUAUUUUCACUUGGAAUUGGAGUUUAUCUCUUUACUCAAAAUGAAGAUAAUAUGGAUGUAGUUAAUGUAAAGAAUAAAGAGAAGUCUAAAUCAUUCAAGAAUAAAGAUAUGCACAUAUUAGUUAAUGAAAUGUUAAAAUCUAUGUCGGGCUAUCUAAUGAAACUUUAUAGUGGAAUUGAUAAUGAACUUAAUAGUGAAAAUGAUGAACUUGAUAGUGAUAAUAAUGAAUACAAUAAUAGUGAUGUAAGGAAUAAAAAGGAUGAAGUCUUAUACAUUACUAUUGCUUUGGUGAUUAUGUUGCUAAUAGCACAAAAACAAGAAGAAUCAAAGAUUUUAAAAGAUAAAAAUGAGGUUUAUCUAAAAUGCAUAAAAUCAUUGUUAAGAAUUAUAAAUGUUUUUAUGGAUGCUAUCGCUGCUGAAGACACUGGUAAAUUUAUAGAAUUUUUCUCAGUGGUUGAUAAGAAAAACAAUAAAGUUAAAUAUUAUCAUGAUAGAGCGAUUGAACAACAAUAUAUAAGGAAGGCACUGUUUACAAUGAAAUUAUUUAAAAAUGAUUCUUUACCUAAAGAAAAACAUAGUUGUGAAACAAAAAAUUUAUCGAUAAGAAAAUCGAAACUUAUUGAUAUUGAAUUGUUCAAUUCUAUUAAAGAUAAUAAUUAUAUAGAUAAGGUGCUAGAUUUGGUGGAUUUACUUGAAUCAAAUAAAGAUAAACUUGGUACACUUAAUACGAAAUUAUUUGAGCCUUUUAAAUUUCAAAGUUCAGAUCUGAAAGAUUUGAAAGAUUUGAUAGAAGUGUUCUUAAUCCAAGAAAAAUCAUCUGAAUCAAAUUUGGAUAAAAUAAUGCCAAAAAAGAUGAAUUUACUUGUCAAAUUGUUUGAAAAAUAUAAUAAAAAAGACUUCUUUCAACUUUUGGAACUUGAUUCUGAAUCUGAAUUUGAAACUGUGAAGAAGAUGUUAAAAAAAAUCGUAUUAUUUAAUGAAACAUCACAAAAUAAUUUAUUCAACUAUUUUGAAAUAGAAAAUAAGACGUUAGGUUUAGUUGAUUUUAGCAAAGAUUUACUCAAAGAUUUGGGAAUUACUACUACCGAAUUGCUAAAGAUAAAGAGGAUGCUAAAAAAAUUGAUAUCACUUGAAAAAUUAAUUAACUCUUCAGAUAAAUUUGAUACAGAUUUACCCAAACCUAUUGAACUCGAUACUAUAUUGUUUGAAAAUAAGCAAUCACAGGAUCUAGAUGUGUAUAAAUUAAUAGUUAAAAAUUUUAAUUUAAUGAUGGUUGAAAAUAUUAAAAAGACAUCAGAUAAGAAGGAACUAGAUAAAUUAUCGAAAGACGAAAAUGAGAAUAAGGAUAUUAAAUCAGAGUAUAACAAUGAUGGCAACUCAUCGAUAGUUAAAAAUAUUGAUGAUAAUAAAUGUCCGAAACUGGGUGAAUUGGUAAAAAAAAUAGAGACAGAAAUUAGAUAUAAAUCGAAUAUGGCCUUAAAUGAUAAUCCAGUAUUAAAAGAUAUUGAUCUGGAUGAUUUAGAAGAAAAAAUAGGGGCAAUUUUAAUAGGAAUUAAAAAGAGGAUUAGUGAAUAUCCAAAUGAUGAAACAAAAAAGAUAGAAGAUGAAAUUAGCAGUUUAAGAACUAAAGUAAUAUCCAUAAAAAAUGAAGCAAUUAUGGAAAAGUACUUUAUUAGUAAAGUCGAUAUAUUUGAUAAAAUUUUUGGUCAAUAUAAAAAUGAAAAGAGGAUGAAUGCAAUGAGUACGCUGUUUUAG